AUGCAAAGAGUAGAUGAGGGUUCCGACUACACAAGAAAGAGAAGAUCGUUAUCUGAUACUCGAACAGGUAAAUAUGAAAGAGUUACCCGUGUAACCUACGUAGCUGGCGCCACUACCUCAUUCCAUGGAUGCUUUUGUUAAGUCAUCUCUCAACCUCGGUCCUAGGUUCCUCUCCUACUUGGCUGUAUAGCAGCGAGAAGGAUGGGAACGAGUCACAAAGGCACUCACCCACUGUGAUACCUCUAGCCUCCCCCGCAGGCGAUUUUAGGGGAGUUCGUAUUUCUUCCCUCCUCUUCUGGGGAGAGACGAAAUACGAACUCCCCUAAAAUCGCCUGCCUAGGAGGCUAUGAUACCUCCAGCAUCACAGGCUAGUCGACUCCCGAUAACUCGAACCUUUUAGGGAAAUCGAACAGCGUGCAAAGAAAGUAGUACGCAGUACGAUCACCAUUGCAGUAUUCGGCUUGCAGAAUUUAAUAUGUCUACAAUAUUAUUUUUGCUGAUCAGGUCUUUAUAGAUUCUAAGUUCUUCGGCAUAUUCGUUUGCGGUCCUUUGCAGUCCCUUGUGGUUAAUGUUUGUACUUUAUGAAUUUUUGGGCCGUAGAUCUUUUAUAGAUCCGAUAUGCUGUAACUUUUGCAUGGUUUUGUCCAUGUGUUUUAGGUUGGUUUUGCCAACUCUUUAUUUUCUCUGCGAGACAUCAACUUGACACUUGGACUCUUACCCCUCAGAAGCACGUGGUAUGACGUGAUUCUGUGGGUGUCAGGAGUUCUGGGUCAGAACUAAAAUCAGAGUGCGCGGAUAAUUUUUCAUCAGAGCCUGAUCUCUGGUUGUUACGCCAUACUGACGAGCCCCAAAGAGGGCGAAACAGCUGACUAUGGCUACAAUCCCGCUCUGUUUUGAGUUCUUUCGAUGUCCUGUUGAUGUCUUGCAGAGUUAAAUUUCACGUAGUACGAUCAGCAUUGCAGUAUUCUGCUUGCAGAAUUUAAUAUGUCUAAAGAAAGUAGUGUCCGAUAGCCCGGGGCGAGUGGAUUUUGCGACCGGCCUGGUGAAUUCUUUUAUUAGGGCGAGUUUAAGUUUUUUGAGGAAUUCGAAUUACAGAAUUGUAAUUAUUGUUUUGCCACUCGAAAAUAAAAUUCAUAUCUUCGCGCCACCGUGUAAUAUCCUCUACAUCUUCACAUAAGAAAAUAUCACCUUUGCUAUAGCUACAUAAUAAAUCGCGCCUUUUACACACAAAAAAAUCUGUUAAAGUGAAAUGGUUUGGUAUUUCAUUGGUGUUUAUAUAAUAAAUAGAACAUUACACGGCCGCUGAGAUACGAAAUUUCUCUUCAACACUCGAAGAGAAAUUUCGUAUCUCAGCGCGGCCAUGUAAUAUCCUCUAUCUCUUCUGUUAUUUUCAUUAAAUCGUUUUCCAAUGUUGGUAUUAUCGAAGAACGGUCCCUUCAGGAAGAAAGGUUUCUAACAAUAAUUCUUUCCAGCCGCUAUAUUUGCCGUGAAUUCCAAACUUGAGUACCACAAAAAUUUAUGCUUAACCGACAGCGGCAUUAUGCUGAUGGUGAAAUCUCUAUAAUCGCUUACUAUAAAUUUUAGUUACAAGCCGAAAUGCAACAGUCAUGCUAGCUGCCCACGUAUAAGUCACAACGUCGCCACAAGUGUGCUUAUGGUGAGACAUCGAAACAAAAAGAACAAAAUACUUGUCAGAAUCUAGAUCAUAAAGCCAGGAAAUGCCUUAUAACAAUUGGCCUUAAAAAACUGAAAACAAUCACCUACCUUUAGGUCAGCGGUAAGCGAUCAAAAUGGUUGUAGGUUAAAAAGAUCUUUGUAACUUUUCAACUCUUCUUUCAUCAUUCUCUUUUUGUUGUCAGCAGUGUUCAGCUCAGCAUCAGUUGUCUGUCAGCCUAGUCCCUAGGCGUUCUCUCUUGCCCCGUUGUCCGCGCGAACUUCCUGGCGUGUAUCUCUCGGUAACGUCACAGCUCACGGUAGUGUCCUUGAUUGACCGAGAUUCAUGUAACCGUGUACCAAUCCUGUUGACUAGUAAAAUCUCGCUUACAACGCUCCCACUUUUCCUCCUUCCUAAUUCCUAACGCCUUUUACAUGUUGCUUUGUUUUUUUCAGAUCACGACUAUCAGCCGGUACACAGUCUAAAGGCUGUUGUCCUUAAUGCCAGUAGUAUCGUACUUACUUGGGAAAAACCACCUGAUAUUGCAAAUCCAAGAAAUAUUAAGGUAAGUUUUAGUGUUUAUGGUACUGAUACUAUUUUAUUGUAAUGGAAUGGCACUUAUCUGCUCUAGCUAUAACUUCACGUAACUUAUUUGAAGCAAAUAAUGUAACAAGAACAUAACAUGAUUAAAACCUUAAUUGGCAAGAGGCAACCGGUUUCAUUUUUACAAGCUUGGCCGACUAUUUAAACACGUUAGAACGGGCUUGGAGAAAACUCAAUUUGUCAAGCAAAGCUCGUCAUCGCUCUUAAUAGGCCAAUUUACAGUUGUAUGCUAAUCUAGCUGUAAAGUUCAGGCGAGGCUAGCGUUUUUUUUGAGUGCCAUUGAUGUGCAUAGGAACAUGAAUUGCGUUGAAAGAAGGGAGAGGUACUAUGAAAACAAGGUUACCUCUAGCCUCGCUUCCACUCAAGGCCAGGAUACUCAGUACACAACUGAAAAGUGGUCUGGCUUCACAUUUGACUUUUAAAUCAAAGUAAAAAGUUCAACAAGGCCUUUACAGGGCACCGCCCGUCUCUAACUCAUUGUAAAGUCUUUUGGUACGCUUUUUUAGGGUUACCAGAUAAAAAUGAGCUACACGGCCGAUGGCAGACAUAAAAUGGAACUUUCAAACGCUACAAUGACAAGCUCUACAUUCAGGUUCUUGGAUUUUAACACUCGGUACACCUUUGAGGUGCGAACAAGAUUCAGAAAAGAUAAUUCUCUUGGUCCACCGGUUCAUGUCAUCAAAACAACAGAUGCUUUCACUGCUCCUGUAAGCCAUUUGAUGGCAAAAGCUGGCUACAACAGUGUCAUUUUAACUUGGUCUGCCCCUGGAACGAUCAAACCUAAGGCUCUGAAGGUAAAAAUAUAGCUUAUUCUGUCGACCGUUUUUGUUGUGGCGUGUAUUUGUAAGUGCCAUGUUGCCAAACAAUUUCUUGUUUGUUUGGUACUGAUUGAGGAUGAAUAAUAGAACAGUAAGAAACUCAUUAAAGAAGCUGUGUAACCAAAUUCAGCCUUUUUGAAUAAAUUAGCGCCUAAAUCGCUCAUGGUACAUUAAAGUUUAUGAAAUGUUUUACAACUGAUUUGAGUCCUUCCAAAAAAAUGUCUUGAAUCUCGGCCGUCCUUUCCCCUUCCAAAAUGUUUCAGAGACUGGGAGCGAGUGAAGGAUCAACGAAAGACUGAUGUGCGUGGUACUUCUCCCUUUUAACCCAGAUCUGGACGUUAAAUCUUGUAUAUCAAAAUUAUAUAAAAUUUCCUUUAUCAUUGGUAAUGUGGAAUUGCGGUUUUCAGUGUCGCGCCGUCCAAAAAAGAUCAAAUUCAAAAUAAAAAACGUUCAACAGAAAAAGUCCAGAAUCUGGGAAAUAAAAGGAGGAAAAUAUGCAAAGACCAUCGCCAAGAUUUUUCGCGCACUGAUUGGUCGAGAGCUGUGGUUAGAGACCAUGGAAUGUCAUGAUGGUGGCGCAAUUGAAACUUCAUUGGAAAUGGGCAUUUAAAACUGUCUGCCUGCAGCUCUGGGUUCCCCUUGAGUUUUCAACAUGUUGACGUCAUUUCUAUGGUCGAUAAGAGUACAAACCAUGGAAAUUUGUUGUCGAUUUGUUAACCUCUUUUCCUUUGUAUUUAUUUUCGUAGCUUUACAUGGUCAACUGGAACUGUAUAGACUGCUACUACGGUCAACGCAAUGGCGACCAAGCUUGUCCUCGGACGAACUGUACUAUUCCCAACUUGCAGCGGGGUCACAGAUAUUCAUUUUCUGUUCACGCAGUAACAGACUUUGGUGAUGGAGAGAGUUCCGUGAUCUCAAUGUUGAUAAGUCGAUACUAUGGUAAAGUUCGUAAUUUGCAAGCAAUUGUUGAUAAUAAUUACAACAUGACCAUCAAGUGGGAUCCACCCAUUAAUGUGGACGUCAAAAAUAUCAAGGUACUCGCUUUGUUUUCUUUCUUCUUCGUUCAGGACUAAAUAGCUCCUUUUCAAUUAAAGGAAAUAUUGUUGUGUUUUUGAAGUCUUCCGUGUGCGUAUUUAUUUCGUUGCGUUAUUGCGAUCGAGGUUGAUUAUUGACCUUACAACAGAUUCGUUCAGAGUACUGCAUGCAGUUGACAGUUUUAACGUUAAACAUGAAUUACGAUCGAAAAGAGCGAAGCAAUUCUGUAUCAUGCAGACAUUUCCAGGCGAUAUUUCUUUGUUUGCCAGUUGAAUAUCGUGUGUUUUCUUUUUACCUGAAUUAAAGCAAAGGAGUAGUGACGUCAGUGGACGGCAUUAACGGCCGGUCGAUUCAAACGUUACUGAGAGAGUAAAAACGACUCGAAGUAAUCGUCUGAAAUUCAGGCUAUACGGGUCAUGGAAAAGCUGGAAAGUCGUAAAUUUAAGAGUUUCAUUCUCCAGGCCUGGAAAGUCAUGGAAUUUAAUGGUCUUAUAAGCAGAGGUUUUGUAAUACAUAAGCAAGAAAAAAUUAACGCUAAAGACCAAAGACGUUAUGUAGUCGUCAUGUCACGGUUAUCAGGAAGCUUAAGCACGACGACGGCUUCGUCAACGAAAGCAAUAGGUUUAGAUUGAAAAACAACUUUGCACGUGCAUCACGCUUUUAGACACAACUUACAUAGUUCGCUUCCCUCUCACUUAAAGCAGGUGAACUGAAAACUUUUUUACGAAAAGACAAGAUUCUAGAAUUGACGGAGACGGCAAAAUGCGAGCAAAAUGUUCUCAGUAGUCGCGACUACGCAAAACAGCUCAACAACUCUCCGUAGCCAUCCUAUCUUGAAGUCCCUAUUCCCAUGAGGGAAUAACAUAAAAGAGGAAAAGACGUUGAACGUAAGAUGAAUGACUUUUUCAGAUUUUAUUGCAACUUAGACCGCGGAAAUGAUAUAAAGUUAGCAAAGAAGCUUUUUCUUUCAAAAAAAUACAUUAUUCUUGAUUCUCGUUAGUUCAUCCAGAAAAUUCUAGUAACUCCAUCAGCCGAUGGCAAUCUUCUCCUUAACGAAACACUUGCUAAAAUCGAAGGACACCGUGAACGACUUGGAAGCCAGGAAAAGAAACUCAAGGAAACGGCAAAAAGGGAAAAAUAUGAAAAAUACGAACGAAUGAAAUAG